AUGGCAGUCAGACUUGAGCGGUUUCUCAACACAACUGGAUUCUUCUUCUUCGCCAUCAUCCUCUUCUGCCUCGUCAUCCUCACACCAGCCGACGCCAUCUACCAAUGCUACGAGACGAAUCGAUUGACCAACGUCUUUUUCAUUAUCGGCGCGUAUGUGAUAACUUUUAUACUUGCAGCCCUCAUAUAUGCGACGCGUAUAUACACAAAUCGGAGUGCACUCACAGGCAUACCAAAAGCCUGGAUUCCCGUCGAAAAGGAAGAUGUGAGCAAGAGCGUUAGGCGACUGGUGAAGGAAGGUCUCGUCCGUAGCGCUAUUAUUGCGUAUCAAGCCCACCCGCGAGAUAUCUCCACCGACGAGGACAACUUCAAAAACUACAAACCGCUUCUCAUUGACCCCGGACGACCCCCAUGGGGCUAUGUCGAGCACCCCGGCUGGUCUUCACCUGCUUCGCCAGACUUACCGGACCUACCAUAUCGCACAGUCAUACAGGAGCUCCCCAGCUUGAUUGAAGCCAAAGCUGUCUCUCUUGCCCCUGCUGAUUCAUUAUCACUUGCCACCCCAUACCCCUUCGAUCCGCCAGGCGAUCUUACAACACACUCUCUCCCGGAUACACGUGUGGUAGAGGUAUUGCAACGUCCAGCCUCAAUGGGUCUGAGAGAAUACAUCCGCCAUCUAACGUCCCUCGGGGCUAUAUAUCCGCCAGAACUCGGUGUGGAUUUCCUUGCGCUGUACGAACGAGCCCGAUUCUCACCACGCGAUCUACACGAGGCGGAAUUCCGAGACCUAAUGCAUCUCUUCGCAGAGAUCCUAAGAGGAAUGACUUCUCUUGCACCACCGAUACUGGAUGAAAUUCGCGACAGCGCAAGCUACCGACGAGCCUACAGCGAAUCUGCCAUCGGUCCCUCGGAUGAGGAGGGAGAAACAGAUACUGUAGGGACAUACGGUUACGAUGGGGCUCUAGGGUCCAUGCGGAGUAACAGUCUUCGCGCCUCGAAUGCGUCUACCUGGGAGACCCAGUCCGGGUACGACACUGCACCUGCAAUGCAGAGUCCUGCCUCGGGGCUGUCAACAGAUGACGGAUCAUACGCAAGAAGCCCUUUUCGCACACCUUCUACGAGGUCUCUACGACGCGUGGCAUCGGGCCGAUCUGGCAGUUCCGGAGGGAGUGUUAUUCGCUUGGCGCAGCCAGGAGAUGCAACAGAUUUACCAUACAUAAUUGACUACGCUGGACGUAGGCAGUGA